UACAACUUUCCAGUCUUGAUGAAUUUCCGGCACCCAAUUUUCUGUGAGCAAUGAUCAAUAAUAUGGGUAUGCAAGUCCUUUCACCAGGGUUAUAGCUCUAUAAAUACUCUACUGGUCUGCACACAAAUUUAUUGCAAAUCACACUUCUAUCCUUCGCAGCAUCAUUCAGAGUAUUUCCAAGAUUAUCACUCUCGCUCGCAGUGAGCUCAAAACAGACCGACAGCAUGCACCUCUCAAAGUUCAUCAUCUUCUUAGCGGCUGUGGGCAACUCUUUCGUUAUGGCGUCUCCAACUUUGAGAUCUGAGGGCCUCAGUGCGAGAUCAGUUAAUGAUAGCCUCCAUGAAAGAACGGCCAUUGAUAAUAUUGGAGAGAAGAGAGAGGAAACAAGCAUUGAUGCAGAUGCAGCCUACGGCUUGUACGAAGACUGAUUAUUGGCGGGCACGUUGUCAUUGCAUACUGCAGAUGCCUUUGGAGCUGGUGUAUCUAACUGGUAGAGUUUGGCUAGAGCAGACCAGGGAGCGUGGAUUCUAGCUAGGGAGAGCAGACUUCAAACACAAAUAAAACAGAUUUGAGGAUAGAAGAUCCAACAUCAGAUGCAUGACCAUGUUAACGACGUCGUUUUACAAU